AUGGAUGAAGACGAAGGAGGCAUUACAUUUGUAAAUUGUGUUGGUUCAGACAUUAAUAUAUUUAAAAAGCUACCAUAUGAAGAUAAUUAUGAAUGUGAAACUUGCUUACUGUAUGAUGAACCUGAAUAUCAUAUUGAUGAUCCUGAAUAUGUUAAUACAACUUGGAAAUUUUUUGACAAUAUAACAAAGAGAUAUCUAUUAGGGAAUGGGAAAGAAAUUUUUCAUUACCAAAAAUAUGAAUGCCCCCCACUAAUAGUUAAAAUUAACACACCGUUAUAUACUUUACAAGAACUUUGCAAAUAUACAAUUUCCACAAGACUUUUAUUUAACAAUAUUAGUAAUGCAGAAAUCGAUGAAAUGGAAUUACCCGAACAGUUUAAAAUUGAUAUAAAAAGUUGUGUACGAAAAUUAGAAGAAAGGUAUGAAGCAGAUGAAGAUAAUUGUAGUCAAGAUUGGACAGUAUACCACGAAGAAGAAUAUCAUAAUUAA